AUGUCAGAUUGCUUUUCUAGAUGGUGUCCUGGCUCAGAUUCGUAUUCUCAGACCACCAACACCAAUGAAUAUACGAGCAUCCACGUCAGUCAAGCCGAAAUGGAAUCCUUGAGCAAAAUUUCGGAUGCCUUACACCAUUUACCAUACAAAGGCAACGACCUGAACAAUAUACAGUCUACCAUAUUCCAUCUGUCUAGAGGUGCCGCACCAUCCACCAACUUUCAGGUACCCACAGACGCGGACUUGAAAACUAUUAGCAACAAAGCUCCUGCAUUGGCUUUGCACUCCCAGAACGCCCGGAACGUUUUUAGGAGGGCGCAAGGUCAAGAGGAGUCGACCAUUACUUAUACCGACCAAAGUGGAGCAAGGAUUGCUAGCGCGAAUCAAUGGGACAAUGAUACCCUCAGAGGUAUAAGACAAAGUAUGAUAUAUGAGCGACGACAACAUGGCCUUGAACGAGGUGAACCUUCCGGCACGCAACCAACUUCGUCAGGGAGAGAUUGGGCCUAG